AUGGUAGGACUUACAGUGUGCGGUUUGCCAAGUCUCGGAGAAGUUGCCCGAAUUGGGGAACAACCGAGAGGCAAUGGAACGGCGCAAACCUUAUAUAGGGCCACGAGGCACCAAUAUCCCCACCACUCUUGCCUCGUGGAAUCUAUCUACACGCAGAGAGUACGAACGAACGGCACCGAACCGGGAGCGACAUCGAAAAAAAAAGAACUAAAAUGCAAGCCGCAGGGGCCAGGAGCAUAUGCAUUCGUCGUUCGAUUGAUCACUGAACUGAUCUUUGAGAAACUGUGCCUUCUUCGUAGUGCGUGUCUUCCUCGAGGUGGAUCGGCCUGGAACAGCCAGUUCGAGGGAAGUGCAUGGGGGCCCAUAGAGGACAAAUUGGUGGCUGAGAAAAUCGAACCUCUCGGCGAGAAGAGAGUGGAAAUUGUACGAGCAAUGUGUCCCUGAUUGCGCAGCCGGAAUGUCAAUCAUGUGGGUUUACCAACUUGGAGAAGAAGAUACGCGUCAACGCGUCAAACGUGAUAAUGGAAACACUGUUUGAAGUAAAUCUUACGGCGGCUUAACAAGCGCCAAAGUGGAACCAGGUUUUUCAAGUCUUGUGCAUAACUGAAUCAAU